AGCUGCACAAGAAUUAAAAACAAGAGAGAUACGUUAUUACUUUUGGUGUGCGUAAUAUUCCUUUUGUUGAUGUGGCCCUAUUCAUAUGAGAAGUCGCUAUACUCACUGAAAUACAGAUAAGUACGUGAGGUGCUCUUUCAAAUCACGCCCCCACAUAUCUUUCCCCUUACUCUUCUACUUAGAAUCAACAAACAGCCUUUCUCUCAUUUGAGGUGCCAGUCGUUCUUUUCUCUAUUUUUUUUUUUCUUCUACGCUUGUUGAUUUCGAGUACGUUGUUUGUUGAAAAUCAACGACACGGAAAAAUAAAGCGGUGCCUUCGCAUCUGCGCAGCUUUACGUUACGUAAGUGGGUUUAUUGUUUGUUCCUUAUCGAAUGCUGAUGCAUCUCUGUGUGUGGAACAACAAUUUUUGUUUAGCAUUCCUGUGUGACAUCACAGAGAGAAACAACUCUAAUUCGAUCCCUUUUUUAUUGUUGCUUCAGAACCUUCUCCGCAAAUAGAGUUUGGCUUUCUGUGCAACACACCAACACACUCACCCUACACUCUUACCACACACACACACAGAGGCGAAAGCAAACGCACUUUACCAGUAAGCAGGUGCGUUCUCUCUCUCUCGUUGUACGAUUACUUGUCCUAUUCCUUUUUUUUUUUCGGCCCUUUGGCAUCCUUUUUUCUGUGCUUUCACUUUCUGACCUUCAGCUGUUUAUUCAUCUCCCUCUCUCUCUCUCUAUAUAUAUAUAUAUACUUGUCUUGUUUUUUUCUGCUUAGGAUUCUUUUCUGUCGCUGCAACCUCGGAAAAGGUAAGAGGAAAUCAGCGUCUUGUGUCUCAGUGUAGUCGCUGCAGGUUUCCUGAAUUCGCUCCGUUCUCUUAUUUUUUUUUUUUCAUCUCUCGUGCUUUUCCGGUUUCUAGUUGCGAUUCUAGCUUUUCUUUUUCUUCCUGAAGGAAUAAUACUGGCGGCGCAAAGGGAAAAGAAAAGCAGAAAGGAAGGCAACGCCAUUACACACCAACAAAAGCGAUUGAGCUAGCAGAGCAGUUUACCGAUUGAUCCAUUCGUUUUCUUUUUUCUUGUUUUCUCUCUUUUGUGGUCUGUUGAGACACAACUGCUGCGGUGAACACACAACAAACAUGAGCUCCGCUGCUCUCGGUGACAUUUCUCCCCCGGCCUCAGAGCCGUCCUCGAGCGCGUACCGCCCUUCCAAGCCACUGCGCCAUGUUGCGUUCUUCAUCGACAGAGAUGAAGUCAACGACAACGAGAAGACGCCCACAACGCGCACGGCGGGUCGGCGAGGAGUGCAGCCGACCAUGACAGCUGAUGAGCAUCGUGCGUGGAGCACGCGCGCGGCCGAGUCGGACGCGCUGCGGCAACGUGCGCUGCAGUGUGGCGAGGACAUCGCGCGCGUGGCGAGCGGGCUCGGCUACGAGGUGGUCACAUGCACUCCCACCGUGUUCUUGAAGUACAGCUCGGCGAGCACCGCCGUGCCGACGGUGGCGGUCAAGUCGGAGGUAGAGCCUCGGUGGUUCGCGGCGGCGGAUGACGCUCCCCCGCACGUUGUGGACAGUGCUGCCUCGCCGCACUCCCCCUCCGCAGGGAUGCCCUCGCUCAUACCACCCGUCUUUCUGAAAGAGGAUGACUUCGACAGCUGCAGCAGUCGAUCGAGUUCACUCGGGACGGAGGAGCAGGUAGGAUUGGUGCCGGUGCUCAGUCCGCUGCUGCACACCGAAGAAACGGGAAUGGGCUGCCCGUAUGACGAGGAGACGGUGCCCACCUUCGAGGUGACGCUGCCACGCGCACUGAGCGCGCACGAAAGCACAAGCCACUACUCCUUCGCGGAGACGUCGACGCACUUCCUGCGACCGGAGCAGCCCAGCCGGAGGGACGACAACGACCAAAGUAGCCCACCCUUUGGAUUUGUGCGGGAGAACUUCCUUACGGUGAGGCCAGACAACACCGCCAAUCGUCACCUGCGAAGCUCCUUUAACUCAUUGGGUGAACGAUCCACAACCAGCACCUCACAGUCAUCUCUGAACGCAUCUCCGCUGUCACGACUGUCGGUGACGCCGCGCCGUGCGGGGCCAGGACGCAACCACAGCGUCCCUGACAAUCUGUUGGGCACCAAUCAAAGUGUGUUCCAGCUCCGCGCCACGAUGGUGGACGUCGCGUCGUCGUCGCGGGCUACGAGCAACGCCAACACAUCUGUCAGCACGGAGCCCCUCAAUGGACUUGAGCCGCCGGCGGUGGGAGUGUCGCGGAAUGCGAGCCGUCCGCUGACGCCGGCCACAGACGCGCUGAACACACCAUCGGUGCGCUUGAAUGAUGAUGAUAUUUGGCCACGCUCGAACGGACGUCCAAUUCAGUGA